AUGACGCGGCUUCGGCGGUUCAGGCUGCGCUCACGGCCCGCCAAGAAACCCCAGGGCGCUCGGCUUCCCGGACUCCGCUUCUCUCACAAGACUUUCAGGAUUAAGCGAUUCCUGGCCAAGAAACAAAAGCAAAAUCGUCCCAUUCCACAGUGGAUUCGGAUGAAAACUGGAAAUAAAAUCAGGUACAACUCCAAAAGGAGACAUUGGAGAAGAACCAAGCUGGGUCUGUAAGGAAUUGCACAUGAGAUGGCACACAUAUUUAUGCUGUCUGAAGGUCACGAUUAUGUUACCAUAUCAAGCU